AUGGCUCAGUGCCAAAAGAAGAAGAGUGCACGCGUCAGAGCGAAAGGUGGGCAGAGCGAGGUGACGAGAGGAGCAGAGACGCAGGCGACUCAGCCGGACGCGGAGGAGGCCGGUCCGACGGCCAGAUGUCCAUGGCUGUCCGCUCCCGUCCAUUCGAGGAGGGCGAAGAGAGGGUUCGAUCAGUCGAACACUCGUCGUCAGAGUGCACUUGGACAGUAA